UCUACAAUGCUGUUCCUGGGAGUGGGGAUAACUCACACGGAUCAACUAAAGAUGAAGUGAUUCCUUUGGGAUACUUGAAUGGUUGGUGUUCAGAUUGGUUUAACAGGAAUAACACACCCACCAUAUAUAAAUUCAAGUGUGUCGUGAGUGCAUUAGGAGAACUUUAUUUUGAGAAUAGGACAACGUACCGGUGUCUCGUCGAUGUUUAUGAUGGGAGCAGUUGGGCCUUGGUUUGCAUCCCCCACGAGAUUGUGGAGAAGAAAAUAGGUCGUUCUGCACAGGAGGUCUGUGAUGCUUUCCAUUCUGGCCCAGAAUUAUAUGAUAAAAUUCUGGAUAAAUUGAAGCACGAGUUCUGCAGUUUUCAGUGUACAAUGGUGGUAGAGAUGAGAGACUCUUCUAUCCCUGUUGCCCUUGAGAUAAAUGAUGUCAAGCCGCUUCUAGGACCACUACAUACAGUUCCUGGUAGCCAACAGGAGACUGAAAUUCCCAAUGGGGCAUCCAAUGUUGAACCUAGAGUUGCUGCUGAGCUCGAUAAAAUCAGUGUAGUUGGUUGUACUGGGGCUAUGUCUGAAAUGGAUAUCAGAGAAGAAAAGUUUGCUGGUUGCAGUAAUGCUGUUCCUGACAGUGGGGUUAACUCACACGGAUCAACUAAAGAUAAAGAGAUGAUUCCUUUGGAAUACUUGGAUAGUAUGUUUUCAGUUUGGGAAAACAGGAACGACAACACACCCAUCCAAUAUAAAAUCAAGUGUGUCGUGUAUGACAUAGCAGAAAUGUGGUUUAAGAAAUGGGAAACGUAUGAAUGUCUCGUCAAUGUUACUGAUGGGAGCCGCGAGUCCAUGGUCCUCAUCCCCCUCGAGGGUACAAUGCUCCUAGAGAUGAACGAAAACUCUUCUGUUCCGGUUAACCUCGAGUUAAAUGAUGAAAAGACUUCAUUCGAUUUCCGGUGGUUUAAGGUGCAUCGUGGCUUCUGAAAAAGACUUGCAAUAUCGGCUUAGUGCGGAAUGGAGAUCUCCGUCAACAGAAGUUAAAUCUACAGUUUUUUUCUUUUUCUUUAUUUUUUUUAGUAAAACUCUGUUAUUUUUUUAAUUCUUUUUUCAGAAAAGAGGAUAGACUCCUCAUGGAAUAUAUUGAUAAAUAUGAUUCUCAGGAACAUGAGAAUCAUUUGCUAUUACAAGAUUACGACAGUUUUCAAUGUAAAGGUUAUGCAAUAUAGCAAUAAGACCUUCACCUGUCCAAUAGUUCUGGCAUUAAGAUUACAAAAA